AGAAGCCCUUGUGCUCAGGCCAGGCUCGGGAUGCCCUCGGUGCGUCCAGCUUGAGCCCUGGGCGCCUGGUACAGAGGCUGGGCUUUUGGCUCUGACUUAAAGAGCCAGGGGCUCAGCUGCCCUUUAGCCUGGCUAUAAAGGGCUAUAAAGGGCUACCUGGGGCCUCUGUGCAAACCAGACCCUGCGCAUGACUUGUGGACACCAUGGCCGCCCCCACCACCAGCAUCCACCGGCUUUCCACUUCCGGCUCCGUCAAGGGCCUGUGUGUGCCCGGUUGGGGGUUUCUCUCGAUGUCUUCCAUCCGUGUUGGGGGUGCCUGCCGGCCCGCGAGCCUCCUGGGAGCCAGCAGCUCUGGCAACAUGUCUGUGUCUUCGUCCCGCUUCUCUGUGGGCACGGGGGGCAGCGAGAAGGAGACCAUGCAGAACCUCAGCGACCGCCUGGCCUCCUACCUGGGCAAGGUGUGUGCUCUGGAGGAGUCUAAUGCCUACCUGGAGGUGAAGACCCACGACCGGUACAAGAAGCAGGGCUCCGGGCCCGCCCUCGACUACAGCCACUACGUCAAGACCAUCGAGGACCUGUGGACCACGAUCCUGGCGGCCACCAUCUACAAUGCCAACUUGGUGUUGCAGAUUGGUAAUGCCCGCCUGGCAGCCGAUGACUUCCGUACCAAGUAUGAGAUGGAGCUGAACCUGUGCAUGAGCGUGGAGGCCGACAUCAACGGCCUCCGCAGGGUGCUGGACGAGCUGACCCUGGCCAGAGCCGACCUGGAGAUGCAGAUUGAGAACCUCAAGCAGGAGCUGGCCUACCUCCGGAAGAACCACGAGGAGGAAGUGAAUGCCCUGCGAGGCCAGGUGGGUGGUGAGAUCAACGUGGAGAUGGACGCCGCCCCCGCUGUGGACCUGGGCCGCAUCCUGAAUGAGAUGCGCGACCAAUACGAGAAGAUCACGAAGAACCGCACGGACGCCGAGGACUGGCUCUUCAGCAAGAUGGAGGAGCUGAACCGCGAGGUGGCCACCAACACCGAGGUCCUGCCGAGCAGCUGGGCAGAGAUCACGGAGCCACGCCGCACCGUGCAGAACCUGGAGAUCGAGCUGCAGUCCCAGUUCGGCGUGAAAGCAUCGCUGGAGGGCAGCCUGGCAGAGACCGAGGCGCGCUACGGGGCCCAGCUGGCCCAGCUGCAGGGGCUUAGCAGCCGCAUCGAGGCCCAGCUGAGCGAGCUCCGCUGCGAGAUGGAGCGGCAGAACAAGGAGUACAAGAUGCUGCUGGACGUGAAGACACGGCUGGAGCAGGAGAUCGCCACCUACCGCCGCCUGCUGGGGGGCCAGGACGCCCACCUGGCCACCCAGUACUCCUCGCCCACCCGGGAAGCCGUGGUGACCACCCGCCAGGUGCGUACCAUUAUAGAGGAAGUCCAGGACGGCAAGGUGGUCCCCUCCCGCGAGCAGGUCCAUCGCUCCCCCCACUGAGGCCCCGUCUACCUGCGACAGCCCAG